GGUUUGGCUCUGAUGAGCAGGGAGUUGAGGGAGUGUCCGCGAUUCCGUGGUGCGACGGACGGAUUUUCUCGAGGAUUUGUGUUUUUUUAAUCGAAGUGCACGAACGGGAUAAGAAUACGAGGGUGCGCCCUCUUACGAAGUAAGCCAAGCCUGCACUGGCCAUCAGCAGCUCACCCUCUGACGGGCGGUCUGAGCCAUGGCCGAGGAGAAGGAGUCGCCUGAAGAAAAUGGUCCUGCGGAGUCGAGCCCGUCGAGCAAGUCGCGACGGUCGGGGAUCCUGCGUGCCCGCUCGACAACUGCCUGCCGUGUACACCUGCUUGAUGGCUCAGACUACGAAUGCCAGCUAGAUCGCAAAGCCCGCGGAGAACAACUCUUCGAUCGCGUGUGCGAGUACCUCAACUUGCUCGAGCGGGACUAUUUUGGCCUUACAUACAGAGACCAUGAGAACACAAGGAACUGGGUCAACUUGGAAAAGAGUCUCUCAAAGCAGAUGAAACGUCGGCCCUGGGAGAUGUCUUUCGAGGUCAAGUUCUACCCUCCCGACCCCUCCCAACUCCAAGAGGACAUUACGAGGUACCAGCUCUGCCUUCAGAUACGAGAUGAUAUCCUGUCUGGAAAGCUACCGUGCUCAUUUGUGACACACGCACUACUGGGCUCGUAUUUGGUGCAAGCGGAACUGGGCGACUUCGACCCAGACGACCACGGCCGCAACUACCUGUGAUUCCGCUUCGCGCCCAACCAGACGCCCGAGCUAGAGGACAAGGUGAUGGAACUCCACAAGCAACACAAAGGCCAGACGCCCGCGGAGGCGGAGCUGCACUACCUGGAGAAUGCCAAGAAGCUGGCGAUGUAUGGGGUGGACCUUCACCAGGCGCGGGACUCCGAGGGCGUCGACAUCACCCUCGGGGUGUGCGCGUCGGGUCUGCUCGUUUACCGCGACCGGCUGCGCAUCAACCGCUUCGCCUGGCCCAAGAUCCUCAAGAUCUCAUACAAGCGAAACAACUUUUACAUCAAGAUACGGCCGGGCGAGUUCGAGCAAUUCGAGAGCACCAUAGGGUUCAAGCUUGCCAAUCACCGAGCUGCCAAGCGGCUUUGGAAGGUCUGCGUUGAGCACCACACCUUCUUCAGGCUCAUGUCACCGGAACCCGCGGUGAAGCCCCGGCUGUUCCUUCCCCGGUUUGGCUCCAAGUUCCGUUACUCUGGGCGAACCCAGUACCAGACGAGGCAGGCGAGCGCCCGCAUCGACCGUCCGCCACCUCACUUUGAGCGGACGCGCAGCAACAAACGUUUCUCUUCGCAAACUCUGACGUACCCAUUGCGACCGGCUGUAUCGGAGGAGAGCAAACGUCACACGCUGACGGGCGCCCUUCGCCGGUCGCCCAGCGAGGAGACUGCGUCGGCCGAUGUCCCCCGCUUUGCCACCAAGGCCUCUCCCGAGCAGGCAUCGAGCCCUACAAACGAGGCGCCACCCAAAAAAGGAAACGAAGAGGACUAUCCCAGUUGGGGGCGUGGCUGUCAUGUUGCCCAUGGACACCAAGAAGGAUCAGCGCCUCAGUCUAGAGGCCAAGACACCUGCCUGCGCCAACGUCGACAUCAAAAAGUGGCGAAGGUAAGGCUUCUUCACGGUGGUGGCGGGGACCCAAGCUUUAAAGUGGACGUCAAGAAGGUGGCUCUGGGAACGUCUCCGAAAGAAGAGCCCCACGUCAAGAAGAGCUUGUCGGGCGGCGGCGAGAGCGACGACGGAGUGCGGGUAAUUUGCCUGGAGGACCCCGGCACAGGCUUGGUGCGCGAAGUGUUCGUCACCGACGAUCGUGUGCCAACCAAGGGAACGGCGUCCGGCUUGAAGGAGGAACGCCAGCUGCGGCCGACCAAGUCGGAGACACGGCUGGAAGGUGGCUUCACUGAGAAGAGCAUACGUGACCAAGACGUCACGCGGCUGGAGCUGUCGCGGUCUCGCGAGAAGUUAGUGCCGCUCGCGGAGCAGACGCGCCCUGAGGGGGGCGCCUACCGCAAAGGGGCGGGUGGCGCUGUGGCGGCACAGUUUUGGCCUCCCACGACGGGGAAAGGUGUGGCACCGACUAAGUCGGGUGGGGACACGAUGCAGGAGGAAACCGUCGGACCUGCGGACACCAGUACACCGCGCCCAGCAGGACGAGGACCGGGUGGCUUCACUGCGAGGCAGUCGGGCCCUUACACCAAGGAGUACACAUACCAGGUCCCAGCUGAUGACUCUAAGCGUCCGUACAGCCCGACGCGCGGUGGCGGUUUCAGUUACAGUCCUCCUCCCGUGGAUGCCGCCUCCGGUGGGCAGUCCACAGUCGCCAACGGGUUCGGCCCGGCAGCGGUGACGGAGCAGUGCGCCAGGCCACGGGCCUUGCCUUCACCUACUCUCCUACCAGGACCUCGGGUGUGCCCAGCUGGAACGAGGCAUCCGGUCGCAGCCCCACCGGCCUUAGCCCGACAGGGCCGCAGUCCAACCGGCCGUAGCCCCACGAGUCCCAGCGCCAGCAUCACCACUCCCCUCACGACCGGGCAGACGGCAACGACGACGACACCCGUGUCGGGCAAGAGCCUGGACUCGCCGUCGUCCGAGUCAGUCCGAAAGCAGCCUGGACGAGUAUCGGGAGGAGCGGCCGCCGCGGCCAUCACGGAUCCCUACCAAGAAGGACGGCGCCACCCGCCCCAAGGUGGUGGGCGUGGUGCCUUCGCUGGCAGCGAGCCGUUCGCCACCGGGAGAAAAGUCGGGGAAGCUCAUCUGCAGCAGAAGGACACCAGCAAGUCACGAAUUCCAGGUCUGCCCAGCCAGCAGCCGUCGUGGAGCAGCAGUGCCGACGCUGGUGGCCGAGGUUCCGACAAGUCUGGCAUCAGACCACCUGGCGCCACGUCCCCUUUGCAGUCCAAACCUCCAAUGGACUUUCGAAAGGCCACUUCACCCGAUCAGAGGGCCAUCGUGAAGACGGAGGCACUCAAGUACGAUCCGGCGAGCGUGUCCGCGCUGCAAACGAGUAGCACGACGAGUGUGCCCGUGGUGUCGACCGAAACAAGGAAGGUGGCCUACCAGGUAGCCGAGGGGCCCGGCCCCGUAGGAGCACAUUUCGCGGCGACGACUGUGACCACCAGCGCCGUGCCGCCCCACGACAUUGUGGAGCAAGAAGGCGAGGUUGUCAGCUCGCAGACCAUCUCGAGCAAGACGCGCACCGUUGAAACUGUCACGUACAAGAUGGAGCGUGACGGAGUGGUCGAGACGAGGGUGGAACAGAAGAUCACCAUCCAGAGCGACGGUGACCCCAUUGACCAUGACCGUGCGCUGGCACAGGCCAUCCAGGAGGCAACCAUGAUGAACCCCGACAUGACUGUGGAGAAGAUUGAGAUACAACAGCAGUCGCAGGCCAAAUGAGACGGCAGCAUAUACUGGCACUGCGGAACAGACCGCCAGGGCCAAGCCACCGGUGCUUGCAUGGUCCACUGCCCGGCACGCCAGGAGCGUGUCGCCACGGACGUGCACUCGGCUGCUGCCUCCUCCUCUCUUCCUCCGCAAUGCCAAGGACAGUGUACAGAAGACAGCUUCCAUUUCCGCGCGCUCUUUUAAUCUCCCAUUUUAGUUUUUAGCCUGAACACUGUGACAUUUAUAUUGCUCGGUGCCUGCUUUUACAGAUGGCAGCUGUACCGAGCGCAUGAUGCAAGGCAAAAAAAAAAAUGCUUGGAGUGCGUGCACACAUUGUAACUGACAGAAAAAAAACAGACAACAUUCCGCUAAGGCUGGCAGGAGCAGUAUGUUAGAUGCUCUACGUGGAAAGCUAGGCGCUUGUCCACCAAAGUCGUUGAUUCAGCAACGAAGAAGAAACGACACGAUCCUGCCUUUUUGCCUGUAAGGCCCGAUUCACAGGCUGUCAAACACUUUGCCAGAUAGCUGAAGUGACUCCGUGAUGCCAAAGUGGUUCUAUGGCACCAGAGUCCCUGUUACGAAAAUCACUGGAGUAGCUGACUCCAUGACUCUGAAACAAUUCUGUGACACCAUAAUCCCAGAGUCAAAUCACUGGAGUAGCUGACUCUGAUGUCGGAGUGAUUCCGUGAAACCAUUGCAGAGUCAGAUCACUGGAGUAACGGACACAGGAGUGAUUCCAUGUCAAUGGAGUUAUAUUGCCCGAGUUACUCUGCGACACCGAGGUCAAGUUGCAGAAGUAAUUUUGCCAGUGGGAUUUGUCACUCCCGAGUGAUUCUGUGACAGUGGAGUCAAGUUACUAGAAUCGCUUUGUCAGAUCACAGCGUGCACCACAAUACAGCAUUUUCUUGCUGCUUUAGUUAUUAUCUUUCAAAAAUCAGUUGCUGGCAAUAUUAAAAGCAUUGACAUGCAAUUAUUCAGUGGAAUAUAGCAAGAAAAUCCUGUAUCGUGGCAUAUGUCGAUAUCGCGAUGGAGCCUUUGACAGCACUGCGAUUCUGGGAUUAGUUUCUUUUCAGUAGGCUGCUUUGCAGCCACAGCAUUGUUCAGCCUCACGUUCAAAGCUUUUGAGGCACCGGAGGACUGUCUAUGAAGUCUGCGCGCCAGAGCUUGCACUUCGUCGCACCUCUUGUUGGUAUAAGCGGGCGAGGCAGCUCUGUUGGACAUUUUGAGCUGGUACUACAGGAAAGAAUGUCAAAUAGUAUAUGGAGUCGUUGGCCACGCUGAAGACAGGCCUGGGGGGGCCUCUGGUUUGUGAAGUUUGGCACUGACACUAAUUUAGUUGGAUUCAUUCCUUAUAUUUUUUUUUGUUCAUCCACGGUUCAACAGUGGCCUCAGCGUGUUCUUUGUCACCGUUCAUUGUGUGGGCCGUGUUUUUAAGCUUGGACAGAGCGCAUUGCGUUGUUCAGCGAUUGUUGACGAGGAAAGGCUCCCAUUUUUUUUCUUUUAAAGAUAUAUCUUACUCAUACGUGCAUUUACAUUCUCUACGCCUUUUGAGAGAUGGGUGGUGUUGUGCGAGAAGUGGUGGGUUUAUUUUUCUUGGAGCUAUUUGCCUGGCCUUUCUAUAAAGAUGCAACAUUGUGUAACAUCUGCAGGCACAUGUGGCGGUAUGCGACUGUCUUCCUGUGAUGAAAUGUUGAUGCACAUUUCUCUUCUCCCUCGCGUGCCGACGCUUCCAACCACUGAGAGAUGUGUCGUGUGAUAUUCUACAUUAUUCACGUGCUUCUAAAAGUUAACCCCUGCCUGCAGAGACAUGAAAUUAAGUGCGGAUACCCUAUAAGGCUUACUCAGGAUAAUGGCGCUAAAGUGCACAUUUUGGCAUCCAGACGAGUUCUUUCGAAUUGCCGUAACAUUGAUUUGCAUUAUCAGUGAAUCAAUUUACAGGCACUAGACCGUCGGUGCGCACUGGAUGGCCUUUCAUUGGCAGCUACGAGACGCGUUUGUUAUGACCACAUUUGGAUAUCCGCUCGAGUCAUAACGUGCAAAUCAGCGUGUCAACCCCACCCACAGGGAUCGUUGUAGCAUUCUGAACCAAUUAUAUUGCAAGGGCACUAACUUUCUUCAUUCCGGUGCCCAGCUAUCAGUAGCAGCUACAAUAUGCAAAGGUAAUCACAUCCAGAAAUGCACGCAGCUAAAAAUAUGAGGUUGCUUUCAUCGAAUCCACGAAUGAAGAUAUGUAAUGUCACAUCAAACAGCAUUUGGAGUCGCUGCUACCAAAAAAUUUUAAAUUUCGAUGUUGCGCAGUUUUUCACAAAUGUUGUUUUCACAUUUUACGGCAUCUAUGUGAUUGUAUUGUGUUGUAAAGUGGAGUGCCGUCAUGUCUUGAAAAUAUUCCACGGGCAUUUGCUAUUGGCCAUUGUGUACGAAAACGCGUUUGCAUUUCAGAUCAAAUUAGACUCAAGCUAACAAACUGCCACAUAACAAAAUUAUGUCAGUUAAAACGAAAAUCCGGUAAGCUUAUAUCACAGUCUUCUUGUCCUCAAGCUUGGUGUCUCUGCACUGUUCAUAUCAUUUUCGUUCCUGCAUGCAGAGCACUAAUGCAUUCACAGUGGAUUUUGGUCUUCCUCUUUUGGCCAUUUUUAUUGUUAAAUGUAUACAACAGCUCUUGCUGUUUUGUGCCCUUAUGCACAAGUGCAUUUGCUCAUGUUUAAGUGCUACCAGGAGGCCGUCAGUGAAGUAUCUAUAGCAUGUAAUGCCGUGAGCACAGAACAAGAAGCACUUAGGAGCGGCAAACAUAUUGCAUUGGCGUCAACAGAGUAGAUUGCUUUCUUGUCAGCUGAUGGGCAGAGUCCGUAGAAUAUGCUAAACGUCAUCUGGUGGUGUGUGAUGUGAGUGUGCAUUGGUUGCUGUGGCAACAACAACCCGGUGAUGGCAGCACGCUGAUCCUAGGAAGUAGAAACGGCUUAUGAGCAGCAUGAUGUCGGGCGGCGAAUAGCUUAGCAGGCAGACCUUGUUCUUUUCCUUCCUUUAUCAAGUGGGAUUAUCUGACUACACUAUUUCGAAGUGAUGUACACAGUGUGGUAUGCUGCCGUGCUUUGGUUGACAGGAUUUAACCACCAGGUGGCGUAGGUGCGUAAAGGGCUCGGAGCUGUUCCAGAAUUUUAAGGCGGUGUUAUCCAGCUGCACCUGAGUUCUCCUAAAUGUUCUUGCACUGUGGCCAUGAGUGAGUACAAAGUUUGACGGCAGAGACAGAUAUAAACUAUGCCCGCGUUGGGGCACGAAACUGCACGUCUGUCCAUUGGCCCCCCACGACGCUGAAGGCGGGCUGCACAGACUGUGUGUGUGUGUACCUCUCUCUCCUGGCGUGUAUGUAGUAGUCAAGAAGGGAGAGAGACUCCAGAAAGAGAACAAUAAAGGCAAGCUUUAUUUGUC